AUGGACACCCAGCUGCGUGAGCUCAUCGCUUUUUUGCGAGACAGAAACCCUCAAGUCAGGCAAAUUGCUUUGUCAAAUCUUCUGCCUCAAACCCUGAAGGGUUCACCUCAUCGAGACAUUUUUUUUGGAGGGGUUUCAGCUGGGGGCUUACAAAAGGCAAAAGAAAGUGAUAUCAUUCGGGAUAUCAAACUUCUUUGUCGGGAUCAGCUGAAUGUCGCUCAUGAUGCUUUCCGAGCCCUGAUCAAUCUCUCGGACUCUCCGUUGCUGCUUACACCGUUAUCGGAACCGUCGUUCUUGAGCUUUAUUGUCUCGUACAUUAUAGAACCUCAGUCGAUUCUUGCAGAUCUCGCGUCGAUGCUGCUUUCAAAUCUCACAGCAUCAUCGGGCGCAUGCUCUGUUUUGCUGACUCUCAAAAUAUCCGUUAUUCCUCUUGCAAACAACAUCUUGUAUCCGACAGAAUCAAGAUGUGGAUCAUGUCCAGCCCCCGUUCCAUAUCCACAGGGUGAACCUCAACAAGUCAUGGCCCUUCCCCUCUUACUGGAUGCUUUCGUUGACGGAGCUACUGUUGGGGAAUCUGAAGAUCUGUCGAAACGAAAGCGGAAAGGAGAGCUUCAUUUUCUUGCUAGCGUUUUUGCGAAUAUGAGUAUGUCACCUACGGGCCGCAAUUUUUUUCUCUCCCCGCAACCUACCAACGUCCUCAAACCCGAAACCGAUCUAGAGUACGCCCUCGCAAAACUUGUGCCCUUCACCGAGCACAAAAACACCAUUCGCAGAGGUGGCGUCGCAUCUACGAUCAAGAACUGCUCCUUCCACGCAGCAGGCCACAAAGCAAUCCUCAGCCCUGAAUCCGCCCUAGUCUCCGUCCCCCCUUCCAAGCUCCAGUCACGUGGAAUCGACGCCCUUCCCUACUUGUUGCUCCCUCUAGCCGGACCCGAAGAAUUCGAACUCGACGACCAAGAAAAGCUCCUCGAACCACUCCAAUUCCUACCGCCCACGAAAACUCGCGAGUCCGAUCCCACUAUCCGGCUCACACACGUAGAGACCCUCCUCUUGCUAUGCCACACUCGCUGGGGACGUGAUUACCUCCGUCAACACGGCGUCUAUGAGAUCGUGCGUGCAGCGCAUAUGGCAGAGACGGUCGACAAGAUCUCUGAACAUAUUGAGAGGCUUGUGCAGCUUAUCCAUGGCGACGAACCUAAGAUCGCCGAGGCAGAGGAGUUGGAUGAGUUGGAUCAGACGGAUGUGGCUUCGCCCCCAGCACCUUCAGCUUCAGUGGAUGAGGACAAUGAAGAUUUCAAGAUUGAGGAGAUUUAA